GGCCUGACGGGAGCCACGUCUCUGCUGGCCGAGGACUGAGCGGCGAUUGGCGUCCGGGGGCUGCUGGGAAGAUGGCGGGCUCGGUGGCCGGUCGAUGAGGAGGCCGCGGGGGGAGCUCGGCUCCCGGGCCCCAAGACCGACCGAGGGAGCGACCUGCGCGGGGCCUGGGGAGUCAUGGUCUCCGUCACCCAACUCCAUGCUUCGAGUCCUGCUUGCUGCCCAGGCCUCUGCUGCUCAGCUGUCUGGCCUGCUGCUGCUCCCGCCAAUACAGCCCUUCUGCCUGGGGCCCAGCAAGUGGGGGGACCGGCCUCCCGGAGGAGGCCCUCCCGCAGGUCCCGCGCAGGGGCUGCAGCGGCUCCUGGAGCAGGCGAGGAGCCCUGGGGAGCUGGUGCGCUGGCUGGGCCAGAACCCCACCAAGGUGCGCGCCCACCACUACCCAGUGGCGCUUCGUCGUCUGGGCCAGCUCUUGGGGUCUCAGCCACAGCCCCCGCCUGUGGAGCAGACCUCCCUGCAGGACUUGAGUCAGCUCAUCAUCCGAAACUGCCCCUCCUUUGAUAUUCACACCAUCCACGUGUGUCUGCACCUUGCAGUCUUACUUGGACCGCCUCCUCUGACCCUCUCCCUCUCAGGCUUCCCGUCUGACGCGCCCCUGGUGUGUGCCCUGGAGCGGGAGCGAAGGUUCCGCCUCCCCCCGAAGCCUCCUCCCCCUCUGCAACCUGUCCUUCGCGGUGGGCAAAGGUUGGAAGCUGCUCUGAGCUGCCCCCACUUUCUGCGGCAUCCACAGCAGCACCUCAUCCGAAGCUUGGCAGAGGCCAGGCCAGAGGAACUGACUCCCCACGUGAUGGUGCGCCUGGCCCAGCACCUGGCCCGACACCGGUUGCGGGAGCCCCAGCUUCUGGAAGCCAUUGCCCAUUUCCUGGUGGUCCAGGAAGCCCAGCUCAGCAGCAAGGUGGUGCAGAAGCUGGUCCUGCCCUUUGGGCGGCUGAACUACUUUCCCCUGGAACAGCAGUUUGUGCCCUGCCUUGAAAGGAUCCUGGCUCGAGAAGCAGGGGCGGCCCCCCUGGCCACUGUCAACAUCUUGAUGUCACUGUGCCAGCUUCGGUGCCUGCCCUCCCGAGCCCUGCAGUUUGUCUUUUCCCCAAGUUUCAUCAGCCACAUCAGUGUCCCCUUGCCUGUAGGCACCCCUCAUGCCCCAAUCGUGCGGCGCUACCUCUCCCUACUGGACACGGCUGUGGAGCUGGAACUCCCAGGAUACCAGGGUCCCCGCCUUCCCCGAAGGCAGAAAGUGCCCAUCUUCCCCCAGCCACUCAUCACUGACCGCGCUCGCUGCAAGUACAGUCACAAGGAUAUAGUGGCGGAGGGGCUGCGCCAGUUGCUGGGGGAGGAGAAAUACCGCCAAGACCUGACCGUGCCUCCAGGUUAUUGCACAGACUUCCUGCUGUGUGUCAGCAGCUCUGGUGCUGUGCUUCCUGUGAGGACCCAGGACCCUUUCUUACCUUACCCUCCCCGGUCCUGUCCCCAGGGCCAGGCUGCCUCUCAGCCCACUACCCAAGACCCUGCCCAGAGGGUGGUGCUGAUGCUGCAGGAACGCUGGCAUUUCUGCCGGGACAGCAGGGUGCUGCUGGGCUCCCGGGCCCUGCGGGAACGGCACCUGGGCCUGCUGGGCUACCAGCUGCUGCCGCUACCCUUUGAGGAACUGGAGUCACAGAGAGGCCUUCACCAGCUCAAGAGCUACCUGAGACAGAAGCUGCAAGCCUUGGGCCUCCGCUGGGGUCCUGAAGGGGGGUGAGGGGAUGCACAUGGGGUUCACGAUGGCUCCCCUAUGGGGGGUAGACAGUUUGCACUUUGGAUCCCUCUGUUUUUGUUCAUUAAAGUCCCUUCUUCAUUGCA